AUGAUAUGCACUUCAUGGAAUGUUAGAGGGAUUAAUGAUCCCUUCAAGAUAAAAGAAGUUAAAUCUUUUUUAUCUGCUAAUAAGGUGAAUGUUUGUAGUCUUUUAGAAACAAGGGUUAGAUGUCAUAAUGUGAACAAAGUUCAGGGGAAGUUUGGGAGAGAUUGGUCAUGGUUCUGUAACUAUAGUCACUCUCCUACGGGGAGAAUAUGGAUUGGAUGGCAGCAUAAUACAGUUCAUAUGCAAAUGCUUCAUGUUCAUGAGCAAUUCAUGGUCUAUAAUGUGAAUAGUGGGAGACAUAAUUUCAACCUGAUUGUGGUUUAUGGGCUACAUUCUAUUGUAGAUAGAAGAGCAUUAUGGAAUGAUGUCCAAAGUCAUGUUACAGGGCAGAUUCCUAUAAUGGUAAUUGGGGAUUUCAAUGCUGUUAACCAUUCUGAUGAUAGAAAGAAUGGAGCCUUGGUUACUGAGGCAGAGACAGUUGAUUUUGAGGAGUUCCUGCUGAACACAAGUUUAAUUGAAGCUAGAAGUGCAGGUUUGUUCUAUUCUUGGUCAAAUAGUAGCAUUGGGGAUGAUAGAAUUGUGAGUAGAAUUGAUAAGGCAUUUGUUAAUCAAGUGUGGCUAGGGUGCUAUGCUGAGGUGUUUGUGAAUUAUCUUGCUCCUGGAGUUUCAGCUCACUCUCCCUUGCUUUUUGAUUUGGAUGCUGAAUGUAGAGAGGGGGGAAGACCUUUCAGGUUCCUAAAUGUGAUAGCAGAUCAUGUUGACUUUCAGAAGGUGGUAAAGGAGGCUUGGAUUUCUGUAGGAGGGAAUCAUAAACUACAGAAUGUGUGGAAUAAAAUAAAGGAGGUUAAGAUUAGAUUGAAGCAACUUCACAAGCAUCAAUAUGGGAAAGCUCAUGAGAAGGUGAAGGAGGUGAGGAGUCGUUUGGAGAACAUUCAUAGACAGGUUUACUUUGAGGUGAAUAUUGAUGCUCAGAUGAAAGAGAAGGACCUCAUUCAUGAAUUAAGGCACUGGUCUCAGAUAGAAGACAAAAUACUGAGGCAGAAAUCCAGGAUUAACUGGCUGAAGCUAGGGGAUGCCAAUACUAAAUUCUUCUUUACAGCUACCAAAGCUAGACAUACAAAGAAUAGAAUCCAGAUGCUCAUUGAUGACUCUGGGAACUCUAUCACUGAUACACAAGGGAUUAAUGAGGAGAUCCUGAAAUUCUAUAAGUUGUUGCUUGGCACCAGGGCUAGUAGGCUUCCUGGUAUUGACAUCAAUGUUGUUAGGCAGGGAAAAGGGCUAUCUAUGCAGGCAGGGGCUUCUUUGAUCAGGGAGAUAACUACAGAGGAAAUUGAAAAUGCUCUGAAAGGAAUUGGUGAUGAUAAAGCUCCAGGAUUAGAUGGUAUGAAUGCUGUUUUUUUCAAAAAAAAGCUGGAGUACAAUAAAACAUGA